GGCUCUCCCGCGGAGAGGAGACUGAGGAGACCCCCACGAGACCCCCCCGGGACCCCUCACAACUGCGGGACUGGAACCCCCCUCUCCUACCCCCCCCUCCUCCUCCUCCCCUCCCCCCCGAGUUCAGGACCCCUGAAGAAAGCCAGGACACCGACGGCUCCGUGGAUUCCCCGAAGGCCUUCGGAGUACAGAGACCGCGGAGUGAAAACCUCCCCGGAGACUUCCCUGAGGAGCCCCUCGAGACGCGGAACGCGAGACCCCGAGACCUCCUCACCACCCUUCACCUCUCUCACGCGAGACCCCGAGACCUCCUCACCACCCUUCACCUCUCUCACGCGAGACCCCGAGACCUCCUCACCACCCUUCACCUCUCUCACGCGAGACCCCGAGACCUCCUCACCACCCUUCACCUCUCUCACGCGAGACCCCGAGACCUCCUCACCACCCUUCACCUCUCUCACGCGAGACCCCGAGACCUCCUCACCACCCUUCACCUCUCUCACGCGAGACCCCGAGACCUCCUCACCACCCCACCUCUCAAAGAGCCCCGAGGAAGGAGUAAGGGAGCCCGAGGCUGAGACUCCGAGGACCCCCUCCCCUGCAUAACUGAGGAACCGAGAAUUAUUGGCUCUUUUCAAGGACCCAGGGAUCAGGAUCCCCCCCGAGACCUUGAGACUGGGGGCUGCUAAGGACCUCCGGGUCCUGGACACUUGAGGGCGCGAUAAGAACCCCGCGAGCCCAAGGACGGGGGCCUAGGACCGCUUUGGGGGGGGGGCAGGCGAGGACCCCCUCGUGAGGGAUCUCACGCUUUCCAGGAUUCCGUUGAAUUCCCUCGGAUAGCAAACCUCUUCACCUUGUCACCUUUCCACAUCACCUCUCUUCGUCCACCUCUAUCUGCGUUCUCCCGAAUCCAACCUCCGUGCCACGGCUGCACCACCCGCAACUUCAUUAAUCGCGCCUUCCCCAAUGCUCGCGAUGGAGCGUUCCGGGGGUUCCUGGGUCUCCUUGGGACCUAGCGAGGACGACGAACAGCAGCAGCAGCAGCAGCAACAACAACAACAGCAGCAACAGCAGCAGCAGCAACCACAGGAUCAGCAGCAGGAGGAGACGGCGGUCGUGGCGGUGGCUGCGGGGGCGGCGUCGACAGCGGACGCUGAGGUCCCGGGGCCAGAGGCCGCGGCGGCCGCACUGCCGGACUGGCACAUUCCGCUCGCCCUCGCCAAGAAGCGACACACGGAGAAGAUCGAGGGAUCACGAGCGGCCACGCAGACCUGGCGCAUGAAGGACCGGAUGAAGACGGUGAGCGUGGCGCUAGUUCUGUGUCUCAAUGUGGGCGUCGAUCCCCCGGACGUGGUGAAGACGACGCCAUGCUGCCGCCUCGAGUGCUGGAUCGACCCCCUCUCGCUGGGCCCGCAGAAGUCGCUGGAGGCCAUCGGAACCAACCUGCAGAAGCAGUACGAGUGCUGGCAGCCACGGGCGCGGUACAAGCAGUGCCUCGACCCCACGGUGGAGGAGGUGAAGAAGCUGUGCAUGUCUCUGCGGCGCAACGCCAAGGAGGAGCGCGUGCUCUUCCACUACAAUGGGCACGGUGUGCCACGGCCCACCGUCAACGGGGAGAUCUGGGUCUUCAACAAGAACUUCACGCAGUACAUCCCGCUGUCCAUCUACGACCUGCAGACGUGGAUGGGCAGCCCCUCCAUCUUCGUGUACGACUGCUCCAAUGCCGGCAUCAUCGUCAAGUCCUUCCUGCAGUUCUCUCUGCAGAGGGAGCAGGAGCUCGAGGUGUCGACCAUCAGCCCGAGCCAUCCGCUGUCGCAGGUGGGGAUGCCCCCGACGUCGAUGCGCGACUGCAUCCAGCUGGCCGCCUGCGAGGCGUCGCAACUGCUGCCCAUGAACCCCGAGCUGCCCGCCGACCUCUUCACCUCCUGCCUCACCACGCCCAUCAAGAUCUCCCUGCGAUGGUUCUGCAGCCAGAGCAGUGGCAAGCUGGUGCCUGGUGUCACCCUGGACCUCAUCGAGAAAAUCCCCGGACGCCUAAACGACAGGAGGACCCCUCUGGGCGAGCUCAACUGGAUUUUCACGGCGAUCACCGACACCAUCGCGUGGAACGUCCUCCCUCGAGAUCUCUUCCAGAAGCUCUUCCGCCAGGAUCUGCUGGUGGCCAGCCUCUUCCGCAACUUCCUGCUGGCGGAACGCAUCAUGCGCACGUACAACUGCACGCCCAUGAGCUGCCCCAAGCUGCCCUCAAUGUACCACCACCCCAUGUGGCAGGCGUGGGAUCUUGCCGUGGACAUCUGCCUCUCCCAGCUGCCGACCAUCAUCGAAGACAGCAACGCAUUCAGGAACAGCCCAUUCUUCGCCGAGCAGCUGACCGCGUUCCAGGUGUGGCUGACGAUUGGCGUGGAGAACAGGAACCCCCCCGAGCAGCUGCCGAUCGUCCUGCAAGUGCUGCUCAGCCAGGUGCAUCGCCUGCGAGCGCUCGACCUCCUGGGACGCUUCCUGGACCUGGGCCCCUGGGCCGUGAGCCUGGCGCUAUCCGUAGGGAUCUUCCCGUACGUGCUGAAGCUGCUGCAGAGCUCGGCCCGCGAGUUGCGCCCCCUCCUCGUCUUCAUCUGGGCCAAAAUCCUGGCCGUUGACAGCUCUUGCCAGGCAGACCUCGUCAAGGAUGGCGGACACAAGUACUUCCUGUCGGUGCUGGCUGACCCCUACAUGCCCGCCGACCACCGCACGAUGGCCGCCUUCGUCCUCGCUGUCAUCGUCAACAACUACCUGACGGGACAGGAGGUGUGCCUGCAGGGCAGCCUGAUCGCCAUCUGCCUGGAGCAGCUGAACGACCCCCACCCGCUGCUGCGCCACUGGGUGGCCGUGUGCCUGGGCCGCAUGUGGCAGCACUUCGACGCGGCGCGCUGGUGCGGCGUGCGCGACUCGGCGCACGAGAAGCUCUACUUGCUGCUCUCCGACCCGCUGCCCGAGGUGCGCAGCGCGGCCGUGUUUGCGCUCGGCACAUUCAUCGGGAACUCGGGGGAGCGGAGCGACCAAGCCACCACCCUCGACCACAACGUCGCCAUGACCGUCGCCCAGCUGCUCAACGACGGCAGCCCCAUCGUCCGCAAGGAGAUGGUGGUGGCACUGCACUACCUGGUGGUGCAGUACGAGGUGAACUUCUGCACGGUGGCGCUGCAGUUCCUGGAGGAGGAGCGCAACCACCCGGCGCUGUCGCCCGCCACCUUCGCAGACCCCCCCGGCAGCCUGACUCCGGCGCGGGAGGGGCUGGCGUCGUCGCGCCUGCGCCCCGUGAGCUCGUACGGCAACCUGCGCGCCAUCGGCAACGCGGCGACGGCCCGCAGCCUCAACAAGUCGCUGCAGAACCUCAGUCUCAGCGAGGAUGGCGGCGGCGGUGGAGCGAUGACAUCGCCACCGCUGAACGUGAGCGGCGGGAGCAGCAGCACGGCGAGCAGCCCCGACGGGGAGGAGCUCAUCCUCACGUACGACACCGUCGACAAGAUGCGCCGCGUCAGCUCCUACAGCGCCCUCAACUCGCUCAUCGGCAUCUCGUUUAACAGCGUGUACACCCAGAUCUGGCGCGUGCUGCUGCACAUGGCCGUGGACCCCUGCCCCGAGGUGUCCGACAUGGCCAUGCGGACGCUCAACUCCGUUGCGUGGAAGACGACCGUCAGCGGGCGACCUCAGCGCGUCUCCGAGUCGUCGCUGACCCACUCGGCGCCGGCGAGCCCCACCAACCCGGCGGGCGCCACGGCUCGAGCGUCGGGCUCGCCGCCGUCCCGCUCGUCUGGUCACGCGGGGGCGACGAUGGCCGUGGCGGUCGCUCCGUCUCCACGCGAGUUGACCGCGCAGCGCGGAGCCGUCGCGGCGCCGGGCGUCCAGUUCACUUACCAGUUCUCGCGCUCGCGCAAGAUGUUCGACAAGGGGCCCGACAAGGCGACCGAGGAGGGUGAGGACGGCGCGCUGCCCCACAGGCCGGCCGCCUGCCUCGCGCUGCACACCGGCUUCUGUGACUGGAGUACCAAGUACUUCACGCAGUCCGUCAUGAAGUACCCGGAGGAGCACGACACGGAGUCGCACAUCUACAAGGAGCGCGAGUGGCGGUUCAUGCGGAACGAGCGCGUGCGCUCUGACGCUCAACAGCUGCUCGGCAAAGGCAUCGCACGGGUGGACGAGCAAAUCUUCAUCAACCGCAACCCCGGGGUCCCCGCCGUCGUCAAGUUCCACCCCUACGACCCCUACGUAGCCGUCGCCGACCGGGACAGCAUCUGUUUCUGGGACUGGGAGCGGCAGGAGAAGGUGGACUACUUCCACAACGGCAACCCCAAGCUGACGCGAAUCACCGCGAUGGAGUUCCUCAACGCACACGACGUGCCCCUGCUGCUCACGGCCGCCGACGACGGCGCGAUCCGCAUCUGGAAGAACUGUGCCGAGGGCGAGCGCAACCCGGAGCUCAUCUCUUCGUGGCAGGGCCUCUCCGACAUGCUGCCCUCCACUCGCAGUGCACGCGGACUCGCGCGGAGACUCUCCAUCUUUCUCGAGAAGAGUAACCAGGGAGGUGCGGGCCUGGUGCUGGACUGGGAGCAGGCCACUGGGCUGCUCGUCGUGUCGGGCGACGUGCGCAUCAUGCGCGUGUGGGACACUGAGCGGGAGAUGAAAGUGCAGGACAUCCCGACGGGCGCGGACAGCUGCGUGACGAGCCUGUCGUGCGACUCGGCACUGCUCGUCGCGGGUCUGGGCGACGGCUCGGUGCGCCUCUUCGACCGCCGCAUGUCUCCCCACGACUGCCGGGUCCAGACCUUCCGUGAGCACGAAGCCUGGGUGCUCAAGGCCUACCUGCAGCGAAUCCCCGACGGCAAGAUCAUCAGCGCCAGCGUGGACGGGGACAUCCGGCAGUGGGACGUGCGUCUGCCCGAGUCUCUGAGCUGCACCACCAUGAGCAAGGGCCUCACCGCGAUGGACAUUCACCCGCAGGCCGACAUCUUCGCAUGUGGCUCCAUGAACCAGCUGAUUUCCGUGUACAACAUGAGCGGGGAGACGCUCAACAGCAUCAAGUACUACGACGGCUUCAUGGGCCAGCGCAUCGGAGCCGUCAGCUGCCUGGCGUUCCACCCGUCCUGGCCUCACCUGGCGGCCGGGAGCAGCGACUGCUACCUGUCCAUCUACUCGUCCGAGAAGAAGGUGACCCGAUAGGCGGGCGGGGGACGUCUCUCGAGCGGGAGCACGGCAACGGGGGGGGGGGGGGACCUCCAGAAACUUGGAGGGGAACUUUUAACCCCCCAACCCCCAGAACACGACCGUCUCUUGAGCCCCGCGACCUUCGGUCGAGACACCGAUGCUGUAAAUGAUCGUUGCUGCCAUUGUUUUUUUUAUUAGUACUACUGCUACGACUACUACAACAACAACGACGACAGAUAUCGCUCGUCGGAGUUGUGUGGAGCUGUAACGGUGGCUGUUUUUCGCCUCUCAAGAUGCAAGGAGGAGGAGGGGGCGUCGUCUCUCGAUAGUUUGUCACCCGAGGGAGUGGGAUCGUUGGCUCGCUGGCCUCCCCACACCUCUGCUGAAGCCCCCCCCCCUUCCUCUGCCCCCCUUCGUAGUGGGGAAGGCGGGGGGGGGGGGAGCACCCGUCGUAGGGGAACUCUCCACGGGGGUUCGUUGCUGUCCCCACCCCGUCGGUUAUCAUCGUCGUCCUUUUUGUCAUCGUCGUUAGGAAAAAUAUAUAUUUUGCGAGGUUUUCAUUCUGCCCUGCUAUGCAGCAAACAAAAAAACGGCAAUGAAUGCAUCGCAAACGACAAAACGAAUAGAUUUUCUUUUUUAUUUUACACGCGAGAGGGGAGACCCCGGCGCGGGUAUCCGUCGUUUGCGAAUUUGCGGAGAGCGUUCGGGGGAAACGCACGGCGUGGCGCGGUUAUGGCGGAGUCUCACAUCCUUCGUCGCUGGGUUUCCAAAAACACAAGUGCUGCUGCCGCCCCCUCUAUGCUCCCCCCCCUUCCCCCCACCGCACUGACCAGCGUGGUGAAGUACGGUCGGAUAACCCUAACCCCCCCACCCCCCGUCACUUCUGCACGACCCGCACGGAUAGGGGAGGCCCUGAUCCAGCAGCGGGCGUGACUAGAGGCAAUUACGUGUACAUACGGAUACAAAACAUGUCGUUCGUUCUCGUUUCACUACGUUGCCAGCGCAUUUAUUUCGGAAAACAUUUAUAAGGAUAUGUAAUUAUUCAUCCCGGUCUGGAGCGGGCCGUAAUUUUUGUUUGAAAGCAGGUAUAUAUUUUUUGUUGUUGCCCAUCUUGCUUUUCCAAACGCCAUUUUGUUUUGCUCGAAUAAACGACAUUUACUCGAGCAAUACCACCAAAGUGGUAAGCCGGCGUGUUUGUCUCUGUCAUCUGCGUGUCACUCUCUCUCUCAACGCUCUCUCCCUCGAGAGAGCGAGAGAGUCGGGAAACACAGGGAGAGGAACGGCGGUGCAGCUGAGCCGUGCUACGUGCUCGGCACAGCAGCAAGUCGUCCGAAGGGGUGGCAGCUUUGGGUGUGGGAGUGAGAGCGAGAGAUGGGAAGAGAGAAAGAGGACGGGGAGAGAGAAAGAGGGAUGGGGGAGAUUGAAAGAAGGGCGAGGAGAGAGAAAGAGGCAUGGGGGAGAGAGAGAGAGAGGUGCGGGGAGAGAGAGGGACAGGAAAGAGAGAGAGCGAGACGUGCGGUGAGAGGAGCUGUGCACCCAGAAACGCUUAACCAACAACCAUCGAAACGAUAAACAGCGGUGACAACUCCCCAAACAGGGAGCGGCCACCGCUCGACAACGAUCGUGGCUUCAUCUCCCACUGAAUAUUGUUCUGGGUCCCCCUGGUUGGCUGGAGUAGGUGAGCGACGUGGCUCGCAAGUAGCCCACAGCCGUAGCGAAGAGGUAACACUGGAUGCGGUACGAGUUGUGCACAGGACGAUGUCGUGGUGCAUGCCGGCUUACACUUUUGCAAAAAAUAACAGUAACUUGCCAUCUCUUUGUUAACUCGUGAAACUACUGUUCCGCCCACGUGGGCACGGCACGACGUUCACAACGCUGGAGCCUCGGGGAGAAGGGGGAGGGGGCAGCGAUGAGAUCACCGUGCAGAGAGAGAGAGAAAAAAAACCCAAAAACAAAUCCCCUACUUGACCAGACGAGAACGGUGCUCGGUUGCUAGGCAGCAGUCCUCUCGAGUGAGUGCAGGUGCGGCCCUGAGAGCCUGAGGGGCGGUGAUGGUUACCCACGUGCCCCAGCGGUGUGUGUGUGCCGUUACCCACGUGACCUGGCUGUGUGUGUGUGUGUGCCGUUACCCACGUGACCUGGCCGUGUGUGUGUGUGUGUGCAGCAGGUAGCGCGCUGCACUACGAACCCGGCGACCCGAAUUCAAUUUCCGCUCACGAUCAAUAACAGUGGCACAUAUUUGAAAUGGUCCUUCGCCUCCCCUAGGUCGACUCAGCCUCGACUGAGUACCUGGUGUGGUGUGUAAAUAUCGCCACCGGGGAGACAAAGGCGGCCGGGCGUGGUGCUGGCUACUCACCCUCUCAUGUACCAUGCCGGCCUUCAUAGGUGCUCGCUAACAGCACUUGCCCCAAGAGUCAGUUUAGGCUAUACGGAGGAUCUUUGUAUGUACCUGUGCAUUUGCAUCUGCGCUUGUGAAUAAUCAAAGCUUGUGUGAAAACUGGGCGGCAGUUGCGUGACGAUUUGUGCUCUGCACAACGAACCCAGAAAACCUGAGUUCAAUUCCCAGCCGUGGGUAACGUCCGUCACGAAUGGGGACUGAGAUAAUCGCUGGGCCACCCCUCCUCCACCUGACUGGGCCUCGAAUGAGUAGCUGGUGUGGUCCGUAGACAUCACUAUGGGGGGUUGGGGGGAAGUGGCCGGGCGUGGUGCUGGGCACAAAACCACCUUGUGCGCUAUUUCUGGCAUUACUAAUAGGUGCUUGCCAACAAAACUUGACCCAACAGUCUAUGUGGCUACGCGGGUGGAUGUUUGUCUUUGUAUAUUUGUUUGUUUCUUUGCGUGGUUUUAUGUGCGUACGUGCGCAUCUUACGUGCAUGUGCGUGCUGGUUGUGUAUUUACGAAUGUGUGCCUACCCUUCGUGUGUGUGUACCCCGAACCCUAGGGAGCGGUGGCGCAGCGGAUAGCGCCGCCGAUCUAUUAACCCGGCGACCCGAGUUUGAUUCCCGCUCACGGCCAACACCCAGUGACGAUUAUCUGAACCGGUCCUGGGCCUCCCCUAGGUCAACUCAACCUCAAAUGAGUAUCUGGUGCGGUGUAUUAAACAUCGUCACUUCGUGUACCGUGCCGGCCUUCAUAGGUGCUACUCGCGAACGGCACUUGCCCCAACAGUCUGUUCAGGCUACACGGGGGACAUUUGUCUUUGUACCCCACUACAGUGGUGGUGCCAUUUCCAGUGCUGCCAUUCAAACUUCGGCCAAUCACAAUUGAGUGGUCCGAACCAAUCGGCCAAUCACGGGUGAACACUCUUCAUCGUCAGCCAAUCGCGAGUGGGAAACCCUCACGACUGCACGUGGCUUUCUCUCUGAUUUUUAUUCCUGGGCCAUUGGUCAUAAGCCAGUGAAGGACAUUCCUUGUUCCCAUGACAGGGCCUAGGAAUAUUCUUAAAAUAAAACCACCGUUCUCUUGGGUGCGUCCGCCAAAUGGUGUAGCGUCGCGCGGUGCAUUACUAUUUGUUUUUAUCGGGCCUGGAACGAUGAUGAUGAUGGCAUGAUGAUGAGAAUGAUGAUGAUCGUGACGACGAUGAUGAUUAUGUGACCCAUGUUAAUUUAAACUGAGCUGUAACCCAAACUUUUAACGGGACCGGCUCACAGGUUCACGCUACAGUGCCAUAGCUUCGAUUUUUCUUUCUGCUCCCCCUGCUGCCCCCCCCCCCCCCCCCACCGAUUGUAUAGUGAAUUUAGUAAUUUAUUUUUUUGCUCAAUUUUUUUGUCAAAUUUCCUUUUUUAAACAGAUUACCCUUUUCCGAUGCGACACGAGGGAUUAUCGUAAUGUAUGAGCGAUAAAAUUCAAAGGAAAACAACAAAAAAAGCAUAUUUAUUUCUCGGAAUGAAUUUUCAAUGGAUUUGGUUAAUCGCAGACUCUCCGUUUAAGUCUCUGACCACCAAUCAGCCAAACAACGGCCCCUCGAAAAGCUUAUUUCCGCACAAACGGCCACUUGGGUCGUGGUGGUCAGAAACACGACAGUCCUGAGACGUUGGAAAUUCCACAUUCCUAUGCCCAGGACCCCCGUUGACCAUGAAUUGAACACAACAGCGGUCAUUUGCUGACGAGUUGUUGCCUCGUCGAGAUGGUAUCUGUUUCGCUGACCCCAAAGGGACAAUAAUAUGUAAUGAUUAUAUAUAAUGAUGAUUAUGAUCAAUUAUAUUUGAAUUGAACUCUUGACUUAUAACCAGGGUUUGUAUUGCUUACCCAACUUGAGGGGCAUCGCAGCCAAAAUACGCACGCGCGCGCACACGCUGUGAAACACACUACACUCACUCACACGCACGCGCACUCGCAAACACAUUCGCACACGACCAAACACGCGCGAAGUUACCACGUCUUGAAACGAGCAGGUAACGCUAUAUUUUUCACGUUUACAGCUCGCAGAAUGUGUCCUCUAAAUGCAGGAAGAAUAAUUUGCCGCCCUUCCCGUGGGAGUUGGAACGCGCGCGCGCGUCGGUGCGGGUGGCCGCGCCGAUAUUACGGUUUGAUUUCUUUGUUUAAAAUACUGAAAUAAAUUCACACAAAACAACAAAAGAAAACCCCCAGACCUCGUGCGUGCACGCACGUUUCUCGAGUGGCGACUCAAUUGUGUGCCGGAACCACCGUGGAAAUGAAAAGGGUCAGACC